AUGACCCCAGCUGUUUAUGAUUGGUUUGGCUCAGUAUGGACACAGCACUUUGGCACUUGGUCUUUGUUGGGAUCAAGUUUUGCAGCUCUUUGGGUUAUGUUAUGGUGGAAGCAUGUAAAACCUGACUGGAUGCUAUUUUUGUUGGUUCAGGAAGAUGGUGUCAAUCUGUUGACUGUAAUUAAAGGUACAGGCAAGUACCGCCGUUCAAGGAGGCAUGACUUUGUCAUGAAUUUUCUUCCUCCUAGUAUGUCAGAGUUCAGAGGAGCACUCGAAAGAAAUGGGUGGCUCCGUUUUGCUACUAGUCCAGUAAUGUUCUCAACUUUAGAAGAUGGAAGAUUAGUAAGGGGUCUUGCUGGCGUUCCGGAUGAGGGUCCCGUUUUAUUAGUUGGUUAUCACAUGCUGCUAGGAUGUGAAGUUGUUCCCCUUGUUGAAGAAUUCUUGAGGGAGAAGAAUGUUCUAGUUCGUGGUGUAGCCCAUCCGACCUUGUUUACUCAGAUGGCUGAAACUCAAUCUCAGGAGUUUUCCUUUUUUGAUUUGUUGAAAGUAUUUGGUGCAGUGCCUGUCACAGCAAGCAACCUUUUCAAAUUGUUUUCAACAAAGUCCCAUGUACUGUUAUAUCCUGGUGGUGUACGUGAGGCUUUCCAUCAAAAGGGUGAACAAUAUAAGUUGUUUUGGCCUGAUCAACCAGAAUUCGUGAGAAUGGCUGCAAGAUUUGGGGCCACAAUUGUUCCAUUUGGAGCUAUUGGAGAAGAUGAUGUAACAGAAGGCAAGCAGAUAGUGGCAGUCAUAAGGGAGACUGAGGGUGGAAACCACUGUGGAGGCGUAGUGACAGGAAUGAUUAUUGAAGGGCGUGGCAGUGGUAGAAAUGAUGACUCUGGUGUGCUGCUUGUUGCUGGAGGGGAUGUGGCAGCUGUGAUGUCG